AAGCUGUCCUCAAGCUCAGAGAUCCACCUGCCUCUGCCUCCCAAGAGCUGGGAUUUAAGGUGUAUGCCACCACUGUUUGAAAUCUCAAUUCUUGGCAGCCCAGAAUGAAAGAAAAUCUUAGGAAGUGCUUGUUCUUAAAAUAGAAGUAAAAAGUCAGCCUGCUCUCUGACCACAAGGUGUCGCACUUAGUGUAGCAACUGAAGACUGCUGAGGAGGCCUGGUAGGUUAACCCUAGGACUACACUCCUCUAGUUUCUUUGGGUGCUACAGGACCCUGUAUCCAGUGUGUUGCCUGCACUGACCCCAAAUAAAAGAUGACCUUUGUUCCAUUGGAUCAAGCAUGUCUAACCUUGUUUGUGUGUUACCCUUCUUGGGAGAAGUCACUGGUGGGGCCAAUUGGCACCCUGGACUGCCCUCCAUUAGAUCUUCCUUGUAUAGUGAAAAGCCUCUUCCAAAGCUCACAUCCUAUUGAUAUUUAGGGAAAGGUACCUUGGGAGGAACCAUCUCAGCCCUGCCACCUCUUGUUCCUCUCCUUAGGAAAAAAAACUCCCAGGCAGCCUUUGGGCAUUUCUUUUUUAAUUAGGGCCUCAUAUAGUUCAGGCUGGCCUGAAUUUACUAUGUAGCAGAGGCUGGCCUUGAAUUCUCUUGUCUGCCUCCUAGGUGCUGGGAUUAUAGGCCUGACUGGCCUUUGGGAAUUUCAUUAUAGAAUGGUUAAGAGGGAGUACCCUCCUUGUAUAUUAGGUUCCUGUCAAGCUGCUUUCUAAGGACUUGGGGUGAGAGCCAGACAUUGGACCUGAUCCUCCUAGGGGUUGCUUUGGUCUUCUUGGUCAGGGUUCUUGUAAACCAAAGUAGAAUCCUUUGGUUAUUUUCUAAGUUGUUUGUGGCAGGGAGAUAUUGAAGCUGAAAAGCUGGUGACUUGAGUCCAUCCCCAGUCUUAAAAUGAGGUCCUUACUGUGACAGGCCAAGUCUAGCCUCCUAGCCUACCUGCUUACAAACUGCCUGCAAGGCAGAGCUGGGGAAUCCCAUUUCCAGUCGCACUAAGAAAGUUAUGCCACCAGGACAUAAGUAGACCCAGAAGAGCUGGGUGCUGUGUGUGUGAGGAGGAGGUCUUUGGGCUGAGGCACUUGACCUCCCCAACCCUGAGCUUUGAACUCCAGACAUAGAGGCUGAGUGGGUACAGGUCACUGCCAGGGAUCAAAUGCUGGUACUUCCUCAUCAUCCACAGUAGCCUCACCAGUAAACAUAAGGUAAGGGCCAAAUUAACUUUUGAGGGCUUGAGGCAUUUACAGUAUGUGUGGAACACUUCAACCUCUGCUGUUCUGGGAGCUGGGAACAUGAGGGAUGGACACUUCCUUUACACUCCCCCAUCCCAGUGUGUGUGUGUUAGGCUUCUCUAAUGGGGUGUGGCUUGGAGUUGGGUUUGCUUGUUUGGCCACCUUUCACUUUUCUUUGGUGUGGGACUUGAAGGAGCUCUAUUCUAGAGCAUUCUGUUCUCUUUACCUGAACCCAAUACCACUGGAACGAGUGUGUUUUGGGGAUGCAGCUCCUGUUUCUUUAUAGAGCAGUUAGAACCAUUGGCUGGCUAUCUUAGCCACAGCUUUUACCAGUUGGAGGUCAUCUAGCUAUUGGAAAUCCUGGCCUACUCUCACAAGAACCACUGAGGCCAAGGUACUCAAUUGGCUUGACCUCAGCCAACCAACUUGUAGCCUGAAGGUGAUUCAGAAGACCUCUGGGGACCUGUAUCACAAGUGAUGAAGGGAAAAUGACACUGGUCAGAGAUUGACAGGGAGCAGCUCCCCCUUGCAGUGUAGCCUGGGUCUGUGCUAGCUUCUUAGGAGACAGGCCUAGGGGACUGCCAGUGGAGGAGGGCAGGUAGAACUUGGCCCUGUGCCUGGCGUAGAGUCAAGAUAGACUGCCACGGCCAGCCUCUCCUUGCUGUGCCUUUUCACAGAGGUCAGUCUGGUAGGCCUUAUGUAAGCAGAGGAGGAUCACUGGCUGGGAGGGGCAAGCAGCCAGGUGAUGGAGAUGUUCUGCUUUUCCAGUGCCCUGUGUUGGGGGUUUAAGGUAGAGCAGCUGCAUCUGGGCUUGAAUGAGGUGUAUGUGGGAAGGUCUGGGAGAUUUGUAGACAGCUUCCUAAAGUGAAUAAAUCACUUGGGAUUCACUGCCCUGAAGGUGUGGGUAUAAAAGAUGCAACAGAGUUGAUAUUAACAGCACCCCUACUCCCACCCCCAGCUUAACUAAAUAGAAAUCCUGCUGAGAAGAGGCCAGAGACUACUUGUGCAGGAGAGAUGCAGUUCUGCGCCUCCCUACUUCUUAAAAAGGAGUGAUGGAAUCACUGGUCAUGGGGUCCCGCCCCUGCCCCGCCCCACUCCGCCUUCCAGGCGGUGGAUGAGACCUGUGUGAACCCUCCCCUUGGAGCCGGAGAGGCUUAGGAAGGAGGGAGGGCUCAUUUGGUGGCGGGGCACUGGCAAGGGUACUAUGCAGGAGACGAGGCUGGUGGAGACAGUAGCUCUCUGCUCUGCUCUGGCUCAUCCUGCAGACAUGCACCAGCGGCAGCCGGGCUUGUCUCUGGUCCUCGCCCCCGCUCAGGGGCUUUGAAUGUGGCUGCCCCCAUGAGAACAGUGGCCUGGGCUCCUAUCACUAAGCCUCUGCCUUCGGAAAUUGAGCCAUGUGGGCCUGGGCCUGGGCCACAGCAGCCCUCCUCUGGCUGCAGACUGCAGGAGUUGGAGCAUGGCAAGAACCCAAGAGGCUUCAGCAGCUGGCCAUUCGUGCGGAGUCCCCUAAUAUUACCACACCCAACCACGAGGGAUUGCCAGGCUUAUUCAAGCCACCAGAGGCCUCUGGACCUGAGCUCUCAGAUGCCCACAUGACAUGGCUGAACUUUGUCCGCCGGCCAGAUGAUGGGGCCUCUAGGAAGCGGUGCCGUGGUCGGGAUAAGAAGUCGCGAGGCCUCUCGGGUCUCCCAGGGCCCCCAGGACCCCCGGGACCUCCUGGUCCCCCUGGUUCCCCUGGUAUGGAAGUCACCCCAGAGGCCUUGCUUCAGGAAUUUCAGGAGAUGCUGAAAGAGGCCACGAAACUUCGAUUCUCAGGGCUACCAGAUACAUUGUUACCCCAGGAACCCAGCCAGCGGCUGGUGGCUGAGGCCUUCCACUGCCGCUUGAAAGGCCCCGUGCUAGUGGACAAGAAGACACUGGUGGAACUUCAAGGAUUCCAGGCCCCUACUGCUGAGGGUGCCUUCCUGCGGGGAUCUGGCCUGAGCCUGGCCUUGGGCCGAUUCACAGCCCCAGUCUCUGCCAUCUUCCAGUUUUCUGCCAGCCUGCACGUGGACCACAGUGAGCUACAGGGCAGAGGUCGGUUGCGUUCCCGGGACACUAUCCGUGUCCUCAUCUGUAUUGAGUCCCUGUGUCAUCACCACACGUCCCUGGAGGCUGUAUCAGGCCUGGAGAGCAACAGCAGGAUCUUCACAGUGCAGGUUCAGGGGCUGCUGCAGCUACAGUCUGGACAGUAUGUCUCCGUGUUCGUGGACAACAGUGCUGGGGCAGUCCUCACCAUUCAGAACAGCUCCAGUUUCUCCGGACUGCUUUUGAGUACAUAGCGGAGCUGAAGAGAUGAUGAUUGAGGGGCCAACACCUUGUUUCUUAGAGGAGCUGGAAAGGACUGCACGCCAGUUCAUAGUCGUCAUAGCAAUAAAGAGCUCCAUAUUUCUCCACCA